AUGGCCGGAACGCUGGUGCCGCCGUGGUACGAGGCGUCCACGCCGACCAACGAGGAGCAGAACAUCGCCAGCAUGUUCUGGGGCUUCACGCUCGGCGUCGGGCUCUGGAGCGGCGUCAAGGGAUACCGGCAGAGCAAGGCCAACUGGAAGAGGACCCACCGGAUCAACACAUACGUAUGGCUCAUCUGGGCGGAGUGGAUGGCCAGCAUCGUCAUCGGCAUCGUUUCGUGGUGCUAUCUGACGGCUCUCAUCGGGCCAAGCUUCGAGUAUUUCUUCUUACUGCAGCCCGACAGCCCUGUUCCACGGCGACUGACUCGGAAGAAACAGGUCCAAUGCCUGAUGCAAAUCAUAAUCAACCGAAUCGCGAUCCUGAUGCCGAUCCCCGCCCACGCGACGCGGCUGAAAUGGGGCGUCUUCGCCGUCCUCCUCGCCGUCAAUAUCAGCGUCUUCUGCAUCUGGAUACCCGCGCGGCUCCAGAUCAGCAAGACCUACAUCCACAUCAACGAGAUCUGGGACCGCAUCGAGAAGGGGAUAUUCCUCAUCGUCGACGCCGGCCUCAACCUGACCUUCAUCUACCUCGUCAAGUCGCGGCUGAUCGCCAGCGGCCUGACAAAGUACACGGCGCUCUUCCGAUUCAACCUGGCCAUGAUAGCGAUCUCCAUGUCGCUCGAUAUAAUUCUGAUAGGACUCAUGUCCCUUCCAAACACAUUAAUUUACGCACAAUUUCACCCUCUCGCCUACCUUCUGAAGCUGCAUAUCGAGAUGGGCAUGGCGGAGCUCAUCGCCAAGGUCGUCAAGGCCUCGCAUCCGAUGAGCCCGCACCUGGAAUCGCGGAGGGACAGCAACGAGAUUGCCCCCGACGCGAACCAACCCCAAAAGUCGGUAUCCAAGUCGACAGGGUCGCGGAGGUUCUCGUCGUCCUACCUGGGCGGGCGGUGCGUGCUGGGCUCUACUACGGCGGACGCCGACGGGGGCGUCAUAGAGCCUCAACGGUCCUUCGGCGGGAGGCCGGAACCCCGCGAGCUCGAGCCCGAGUCUCAUGCGAAUGCGGUUCCCGGGCCGGCGGGGCAGGCGGAAGAGGCCCUCGGCCGUCCGCGUUCGCUCUCCCGCCGCGCCACGGAGCCUGGCAACCUCGAGAGUCUGGAGAUGGCGCCGCAGCCGAGAUCGGGCCGGCAGGACUCGAGCAGCACAGUGAAGGAUAAUGAUCAGGAAGUGACGUGGUACGUUUAA